AUGGCCGACCUCUCCGUUCAGCUCCAGGCCCCGAACGGUGUCAAGUGGACGCAGCCCACCGGUCUGUUCAUCAACAACGAGUUUGUCAAGUCUUCUACCGGCGAGACCAUCGACACGAUAGACCCCGCGACCGAAGAGAAGAUUGCCGCCGUCCAGGCCGCAUCGGCUGAUGAUGUCGACAAAGCCGUCAAGGCUGCCUACGCCGCGCUGAGGCACGAGUCCUGGAAGGGCAUCUCGGCGACGGACCGCGGAGCUCUCAUGUACAAGUUCGCCGAUCUCAUCGAGCAGAACAAGGAGGUUCUCGCCGCCAUUGACGCGUGGGACAACGGCAAGACGUACGCAGACGCCCUCGACGGCGACCUGUCAGAGUGCGUCACCGUCAUCCGCUACUACGCUGGCUGGGCCGACAAGACCUUCGGCCAGACCAUCAACACGACCCCGGCAAAGUUCGCCUACACGAUCCGUCAGCCCAUCGGCGUCGUCGCCCAGGUCAUCCCGUGGAACUACCCCCUCGCCAUGGCCACCUGGAAGCUCGGCCCCGCCCUCGCCUGCGGUAACACCGUGGUCCUCAAGGCCGCCGAGCAAACGCCCCUCAGCAUCCUGUUCCUCGGCACCCUGAUCAAGGAGGCCGGUUUCCCCCCAGGCGUCGUCAACUUCGUCAACGGCCUCGGCCGCGUCGCCGGCAGCGCGCUGGUAGGCCACCCGCUCGUCGACAAGGUCGCCUUCACCGGCAGCACGGCAACCGCGCGCGCUAUCAUGGGCGAGGCCGCCAAGACGCUGAAGAACAUCACCCUCGAAACCGGCGGCAAGUCGCCGCUGCUGGUCUUCGACGACGCGGACAUCGAGCAGGCCGUGCGGUGGUCGCACAUGGGCAUCAUGUCGAACCAGGGCCAGAUCUGCACGGCCACGUCGCGCAUCAUCGUGCAGGCGUCCAUCUACGAUGACUUCAUCAAGCGCUUCGUCGAGACGCUCAAGGCCGUCAGCAAGGUCGGCAGCCAGUGGGACAAGGACACCUACCAGGGCCCGCAGGUGAGCAAGGUGCAGUACGAGAAGGUGCUCGAGUACAUCGACAUCGGCAAGGCGGAGGGCGCGAACCUCGCGGCGGGCGGCACGCCGCUGAGCAUCGGCGGCAAGGGCAAGGGCUUCUUCGUGGCGCCGACGGUGUUUACGAACGUGACGACCAAGAUGCGCGUGUGGGGCGAGGAGAUCUUCGGCCCUGUGGUGGUGAUUGCGAGCUUCAAGGACGAGGAGGAUGCGGUUGGCUUGGCGAAUAGCACGCAGUACGGCCUGGGCGCGGCGGUGUUUACGCAGAAUGUUGAGCGCGCGCACCGCGUGGCGUCGGAGAUUGAGGCGGGCAUGGUGUGGAUUAACAGUACCCAGGACAGCGAUCCCCGCGUGCCGUUUGGUGGUGUGAAGCAGAGCGGUAUUGGAAGGGAACUGGGCGAGGCGGGGUUGGAGGCCUACUCCCAGAUCAAGUCUGUUCACGUCAACAUGGGUACGAAGCUGUAA